AUGGAGCCGCACAUUCAGUGCCAAGAGUGUGUCUUUGAGAUGUGCUACAAGCACAUGAUUCCGUGGCACGAGGGCCUCACCUCUGAGCAGUUUGAGAGCGCCAGGGAUCACGGUAAUCCGCAGUACCGACAGACGCAAGAAUGGAUUGCCAACAACACCAAGCCGUGUCCCAACUGCAGGGAGAACAUCCAAAAAGGCGAAGCCUGUUUCCAUAUGACCUGCUCCAGCUGCCACUUUGAAUUCUGCUUGAUCUGCCUUGCAGACUGGCGGCAAAUCACACCCCGGCCCGGCGUGAAUAACCCGGAGGCGUACGGCGAGGGUUGCAUCUUUCGCACCAACGGAUUGACGCCAAGCCAGCUUUUCAGGAGGACUGUAGAGGAGGCACUGGCACCUCGACGACGAGGGUGA